CCGAUGUGUUUAUCAACAAAAAGGACUGUCGAUUAAAUGUACCUGGUAAUAAGUUUAUUUUGUAUUUGAGUUUCUCGUAUUUUCUGCAUUUUCGUCGUCAUCCGUUUUCUGACGAACAUUUGGUCGUUGUGGUUUCGUUAAGGGUCUCGGCGGUCCAUCUGAGCUCACCGGAUACCAUGGUCGCUAACGAGGAAACGAUCGACGAAAACAGUUUGUCCGAAUCCAACUACAAGGAACAGUACAAAGAAAUGAAGAGGAAAUUGAGACUGUUGAUCUACGAGAAUGAAAUCUUUCAACUAACUCUGAAGACCACCCAACGAAAACUUCUGAGAGCAUCACGAGACAAAAGCCUAUUACUAGACAGGUUAAUACAAUAUGAACGCGUUGAGCUCAGCAGCAGCGAUGAUGAACUGACAGAGUCAUCAGAUGACGGCGAUUGCAUCAAACCAGAACCCAAAAAACGAAAAGAAACCCAAGGUAAUAAUUCUAUGGCUGGUGUUGGUAAACAGUUGAACAGUUGUCAAACAGCUACUUCAAAUCCAACCAAGAAACGCAAACCGUCUACACCUAAAGUUUCAAAAUCAGCAUCUGUGUCACUUCUACCAAAUGAACCUCAUUCUGAAAAUGUUUUGUCAAUAUCAGAAACCAACAAGACAUUAGUCGACUCCAAGUCCGGAAGCAAUAGUUAUAAUCAACAUACAUUACCAACCGACAUGUUUAAUGACAAUUUUUCAGUUAAAAGUGAAUCAAAUAGCUUGUAUGACAUGGAUGCAUCUCCAAGUAAUGUCACCGAAGAUAUGAUCAACAUUGAAAGUGUAGGAAAAUAAGUUUAAAUUUUGUUGAGAAUUUGUAUUUAUUGUUUUUCAUUGUACAUACAUUUGAUCUAUAAAAAAAAG